AUGGCGUUUAUAUCACCAGUCAUUCGAAGCGAAUUUAAUCUUUAUUAUGAUCGUAAGCGACCACAAUAUCGCCGAACUUCUCGUCCUUCGGUGCACCAAGUCUCACCAAAUCCCAGCAUCAGCAAUGGUAGCAGCUCUCUCGACUCACUUCUAGAAAGACAUCAACGGCUUUUGCAAGCUAGAGAACGUACUCAGCAAAGAAGAAGAAACUGCCGCAGCAACACAUUGUUGAACGUACGCAAAAUUUCGGUCAUUACGGAAACCGAUGAGGAAAACGAGGAUACCGUUGAGAGCAUCAACAAGAAAAUAUCUUCUGUUCAAACUCCGAAAUUAAAGAGUAUUGGCGAAUGCUCAGAAGAAGAGAACCAUCCUCCAGCAGAACCAGAUGCAUCUUCUAAUACUGAAGAAAAAACUCCAGAGAAAAAAAAGAAAUCAUUUGUUGAGAAAAUCAACCACUGGGUUAGAAGCCACUCAAUUCGCAAAAGGAACAAGUCCAACGAAAUGCAGUAA